AUGGCAGACGAUCAAGGGACAGAACACCAACAACAGAAACAGCCCUCCAAGAUGUCUCGUGCCGGUCAUUUCAUCACGUCCUCUGUCCUCGGCAUCGACACCAACGAGCGAUACGUCCGCCAACCCGACCACCUGGGCACGAAAGCCUACCAGAUCCUCGAACCCGCCGAUAUCUACCUCGAGCAAGAGCCCAGUGUCAAUGAGUUCCUCCGGGAGCUGGCGCCCACACGCGCGGCUGCCGUCAACUACAUGCAGAGUCUCUUCCCCAGCUCGUCGUGGAUCAGGCGGUACAGCGGGCGCUGGCUGCUGGGAGACUUCAUUGCCGGCUUGACGAUCGGGCUGGUCGUUGUGCCACAGGCCAUGGCGUACGCAAUCUUGGCGCAGCUGACCCCUGCGUAUGGGUUGUACACAUCCUUCACAGGUGCUGUGCUCUACUGGCUGUUUGGAACGUCCAAGGACAUUGUGAUUGGGACAACCGCCGUCGGCUCACUGCUGGUGGGCCAAGUCAUCAGUCAUGUUCACGAGAAGGCACCAGGGGAGUACAGCAAUGAGAAUAUCGCCCAUGCUCUCAGCCUCCUCGGCGGCGCUGUCAUGCUCUUCUUUGGUCUCUUGCGGCUCGGCUGGAUCAUUGAAUUCAUUCCCUACAUCCCCAUCUCGGCCUUUGUCACAGCCGCCAGCAUCACCAUCAUGUCCACGCAGGUGCCCACCGUUCUAGGCUUGUCCGGCAUCGACACCCGCGAGUCACCGUACAAGGUCAUCAUCGCCACUCUCAAGGCGCUACCCGACACCAAGAUUGACGCCGCCAUUGGCAUCAGCUCCAUUGUCAUCCUCUUCGCCAUCCGCGACUUCUGCUCCUUUAUGGAGAAGAGACGGCCCGCCAACAAGCGCACGUGGUCCUUCAUCUCCUCGCUGCGUCUCACGUUUGUCAUGUUGCUGUUCACGCUGGUGAGCUACCUCGUCAACCGCACGCGUGACCUCGACGACUCGCCGUUCCGCAUCGUGGGCCGCAUUGAGCCUGGGUUUCAGCGGGCUGGUCUGCCACAAACAGACGCCAAGCUCCUCAAGCUCAUUCUGCCGGAGCUGCCGGCCAUAUCCAUCAUUCUCAUCAUUGAGCACAUUGCCAUUGCCAAGGCCAUGGGCCGCAUGUUCAACUACACCAUCACAUCUUCUCAGGAGAUCGUUGCCCUCGGUGCGGCCAAUAUGCUCAGCCCAUUUGUCGGUGGCUACGUCUGCACCGGGUCGUUUGGCGCCUCGGCUGUCCUGUCCAAGGCAGGUAGCCGCACGCCCCUCGCUGGUCUCUUCAGCGCGGGUAUCCUCGUUCUGGCGCUGUACGUCUUGACGGGUGUGUUCCAGUACAUCCCCAACGCGGCGCUUGCCGGUCUUAUUAUCCAUGCCGUCUGCAACCUGAUCACUCCACCCAAGAACCUGCACAAGUAUUGGCAGCUCGCCCCUCUCGAGCUUGUCAUUUGGAUCGUCGGCGUAUUGCUGGCCAUCUUUGACUCCCUCGAGACCUCGAUAUACGUGGGCAUUGCGCUGUCCUUUGUCAUGCUGCUCGUGCGUCUCGCUCGUACCAAGGGUGAGUUCCUGGGAAUUGCACGUACACGCCGUGUUGUCUCCAUGGACAACGAGAACGACAAUGGCAACGACAAUGACAACGACAACACGAACACCAGGUGCAAGGUCAGCUCCAGCGCCUCGCCUCGUCUAUCGCGCACUAGCUGCGAACCAGUGUCUGAGCGCGACCACUUCCUACCGCUCAGCCGUCGUGAUGCUUCCAACCCUGACAUUGUCAUCGACACUCCCUAUCCCGGUGUCUUCAUCUACCGGUUCAGUGAAGGAUACAACUACACCAACCAAGCACUGCACAUGGACGUGCUCACGCGGUGUAUCAUGGAGAACACGCAGCGGACCUCGGAAGAGCAUUUUGAGAGUCCCUCUGACCGUCUCUGGAACGACCCUGGCCCUAGAGCAACCAGGGAGCAGGACGAAAAGAGUCUGCCGCUGCUGCGCGCUGUCAUCCUCGACUUUGCCGCCGUGAACAACAUUGACAUCACGAGCAUCCAGGGCCUCAUUGACUUUCGCAACACGCUUGAGCGGUACUGCGCCCCCGACGCGCCGGAACUGCAUUUUGCCAAUGUGCACAACCGCUGGACGCGCCGGGCGCUUGCCGUGUCUGGGUUCGGGUACCCUUCCUCACAGAACGACGAGGCACUGGGCUCGUGGCAGCCCACGUACACGAUUGCGGCGGUGCUGGACCAGGAGCUGCGGCCGGAGAGUAGGAACAAGUCCGCCGUGGAGGUGGAGGAUGGCGAUAUCAAGACGUUGACGGCAAGCUCUCGCCAGGCUAGAAGGGGCAUGGCGAGUGUCUGGGGCGUCGAUAGGCCAUUCUUCCAUGGUGAUCUGUGGGAGGCGGUUGAAGUGGCUGUGCGGGAUGCGCAGGUGAGGGAUGGCCGGAUGGGCUGUCAGGUGGACUGCACAACCUCUGAAGGGGAGGGUGAAGAAGAGGAGGAAGAAGAAGCGAGGAGGGACUGA